GUUGCAUUUUCUCUUCUUAUUCAUUCCUGCACACUUGCUGUUGAUAUGCAUUUGGAGAGCCUUUUUGGAAGUGUUGGCCAGCAAGAGACACCUGCUAAAGAAGGAUUGAGUGAUACAGUCUAUCAACCUUUGACACUACAAUUUCCAAAAAGGAAGAGGAUAUCCGUGUGCUGGUUUUAGGAUGGAGUAACCCUAUCUCAAGACAGGCAAGACCCCCAAGAUGGUUAUUUGACAUCAGGGAAACGGGUUAAUUGUGUUACCACCUAUAUGAUUGUGAUCCCCACUUUAAAAAAAAAAAAAAAAACACGCAGACAAUCUAGACCUACGCAGGGGUGAAGAGCAUUUUAGUUUAGGAGACAAUUAACCAUCUCAGGCUUUGCUUCCAGAAGAACAGAUUUCUGAUCGCACAAACGGGGGAUGAUCAUUUAUAAUGAUGAUGUUCGAUACCCAGAGCUCCACACAGGAGAUCGGAGAAGAGGUGGAAGAUGGUGUUAUCUAUAGCAUCUCCCUCCGUAAGGUGCAGCUCCACCACAUCGCCAACAAGGGGCAGCGAUGGCUGGGGGUAAGCAGAGUUCCAUCUCCCAUGGGCACUGCAGAAGGUGGGCUCGCUGGACCUCGGGAUGCCACGUUCGAGAACGAAUCAGCCUUGAGUUUGUAUGAGACAUGCAAGGUGAGGACCAUCAAGGCUGGAACACUGGAGAAGCUGGUGGAAUAUCUGGUUUCUGCAUUCAAAGGAAAUGAUUCCACCUAUGUUACCAUCUUCCUGUGCACUUAUCGAGCUUUCGCAACCACCAAGCAAGUUCUGGACCUUCUCUUGAACAAAUUUGGGAGACUGCAACCCCAGCUAAACGGAGAACAUUCUCACAACACCAUUGAUGAUCGUCUCGAGUUAAAAAACACAAUCUCCUCCAUCCUAGGAGCAUGGCUAGAUCAAUACUCGGAGGAUUUCCGUCAUGCGCCAGAUUACAUUUGUCUAAAGCAGCUCAUCACUUACGUUCGACAUAAUAUCCCCGGCUCAGACCUGGAACGAAGAGCUCGCAAUCUGCUGACGCAAUUCCAGCGGCAACAAAUCAGCGAACUGGCUCAAGAGGCCGUGGAUCACUCCAGUUAUUCCUUUCGCUUGGUAGAAGAAAUUUCUGUCUUGGGGGAGAAGGCAGAUUUUCUCUCCUUUCGGCAAGAGAUGGUAGCGGAACAGUUUACAGUUAUGGAUGCUGAUCUCUUCAAGAAGGUAGUACCCUAUCAUUGCCUUGGGUGUAUCUGGUCCCAAAGGGAUAAAAAGGGGAAGGAACAUCUGGCUCCAACUAUCCGUGCAACUGUCUCCCAGUUCAACAGUGUCACUAACUGUGUCAUAUCCACGUGCCUGAGUGAUAGGUCACUGAAGCCACAGCAGAGAGCCAAGGUGGUGGAGCGCUGGAUAGACGUGGCUAGAGAAUGUCGUAUUUUGAAGAAUUUUUCCUCUCUGCGUGCUAUUUUGUCAGCCCUGCAGUGUAAUGCAAUUCACCGACUCAAGAAGACAUGGGAUGAGGUGUCCAGGGAGAGCUUCAGAAUAUUCAUGGAACUUUCUGAAAUCUUUUCAGAUGAAAAUAACCAUUCGUUAAGUCGAGAGCUGUUGAUUAAGGAAGGGACUUCCAAAUUUGCAACUCUUGAUAUUAACCCUAAAAGGGCACAGAAACGACAACAGCAGCAGAGAGAGCUGGGUGUAAUGCAAGGCACCAUCCCUUAUCUGGGUACCUUCUUAACAGACCUCGUUAUGCUGGAUACCGCGAUGAAGGAUUAUUUAGAGGGAGGACUCAUCAAUUUUGAGAAGAGGCGGAAGGAAUUUGAAGUCAUCGCCCAAAUAAAACUGCUGCAGUCAGCAUGCAACAACUACAGCUUCCUCCCUGAGGAAUCCUUUGUUGAAUGGUUUCAUAGCGUGGACCGGCUAAGCGAGGCAGAGAGUUAUAGCUUGUCCUGCGAGAUUGAACCUUUGUCCGAAUCUGCAAGCAACACUUUAAAAGCUAAGAAGAACACAGGAAUCAUCAAACGAUGGAGCGAUAGACAGCCAGCAAGCUCAGAACCCUGUCCUAGUGUUAGCUCUCACUCAAAGUCCUUUGACCAGCUUAAGUGCAGUACUCACCUGUGCGACACCACUGAUUCUCUCAGCGUCACAUCGGCCGGAUCCAGCAGUUCUGACGUGGAGGAAAUUAACAUCAGCUUUGUCCCCGAGUCCCCGGACUGUCAAGAGAAGAAGGUACGGGAGGGAAAAGUCCAGGCAUCGCCGGCACAGCCUGCAGGACGCUACGUUCCUGAGGGGUUCUGGGAAUCAACGUCACUAUCCUCGCUGGACACUUCUGGAAUUGGAUCGGCCUCAAGCAGCGCGUCUUCAUCCUCUGUGUCUUCGACCCCUGUCUCUGCCUCUCGGAGCCAUAAACGUUCUGUAUCUGGAAUAUCCAGCUAUUCUUCCCUAUCGCUUCCUCUCUACAACCAGCAGAUAGACGAUUGUUGCAUUAUCCGGGUCAGCCUAGAUGUGGACAAUGGCAACAUGUAUAAAAGCAUUCUGGUAACGAGUCAGGACAAGACCCCUGUAGUAAUCAGGAAAGCGAUGGCCAAACACAAUCUAGAUGGAGAACGCUCAGAGGAUUACGAACUUGUUCAAAUCAUAUCUGAGGAAAGAGAACUGAAGAUCCCUGACAAUGCCAAUGUAUUUUAUGCCAUGAACUCAGGAGCCAACUAUGACUUUGUACUGAAAAAACGCGGCUUCUCUAAAGGAGUCAAGAUUAAGCAUGGCUCGAGCUCCACUUUGCCACGUAUGAAGCAGAAGGGACUCAAAAUUGCUAAGGGCAUUUUCUGACAUGUGAAGCAUCUCGUAUCCCCAACAGGAUUUUGGAGGGACUCAAGUAUAGCACUUACAGCUGCACUCCAAGGCAAAAUGCGUUGGUUGUGUAAAUGUCAAACGCCACAUGGCCCAUAGCAACUAUUCUAUACACUCCAGCUGUCUCUCGCCUUUAACUGUGAAGAAAGAGGAAACUACAAGAAUUACCAGAAGUGGAUUUAUAAUCUUCUUCCCAUAACUGGAGUUACGGUGUGUGUUGCCAAUAUGAGACACAACAUGUUCCCUCUUCCCGGUCUUCAAGCAUGCCAACAGGACCCAGAAUUCGCCUCCAUGCCUUAGGUGCCUUCCAGAGAAGGGGUUGAGAAGAUGAGCUUUCCACAAAAAGACAGUGAAGAAUGAAGAUGAACAGCUUGUUCUAUCCCCAGGGAUCCAGUAUUAACAUAGGAUGUGAACUGAACAAAACUUUGAAGACUUGUGAUUACACAUUCGAACAAAAGUAUAAUCUGUAGCUCUCUCUCAAUGAUGAUGAAGGGUACAGAUACUUAAGGCUUUAGGGGCAAUGUCUUGGAGUUGUGCCUCUUUGUAAGCCACUUUCCCUCCUAUAGGGACAUCACUGUAAAUGUUAACUUCUCUUACCUUUGGAUACCGUAACAGAUCUUGGUGGGUUUUAUACAUUGGACUUUCAAAGCACUUUUUCUUUUCUUUUUUUUUUUUU